AUGGUAGAGAAGUACUCGGUUGAAACACACAUUUCUGCUAAUCCACAAUCUUGGUUUGGCAUUGAGAACAUUCUUAGAAAGAAAAAUAAGUGUACUUGUUUGUACAUUUCUUAUUUUCACAAUCAUCUGCAUUUGUGGAUCUUGAAAACAAAUGGAGUCCUUCACUAUCGAAGCAUAUCACUGGAAGAGAAUCUAGUGCAGGCUGGGUUGCCCAAAGAUUUGUCUUUGAGUAAAUAUUUGGCUGAUAAUUUCCGGAGUCUUGGCAUUUGGCCCAUUGAGGAUUGUGAAGAUCGGUCUUUAAAUAUGGUUGAAUUGCAACCUCUCUCCCCCGAACAAAAGAGCUCAGAAAAAUUGCGACUCGUCGAGGAGGACGAGGAUGAGGACGAGGACGAGGACGAGGACGAGGGAGUCAUUUCAAGUCUAUCUUUGUGUUACAAAAUGUUUAUUGCCCCCAUUUAUGAUUUGCUUGAGGAACCUGAAGUCAUUAUUGUCCCUGACCGCAGGUUGUACAAAGUUCCCUUUGCUGCCCUGAGUGAAAAGGAGGGAGCCGAAUACCUGUCGGAGACUCAUAGGAUCCGUGUCAUUCCUUCUUUGACGACGCUCCAGAUCAUUCAAGAUAGUCCACAGAACUAUCAUAGCAACACUGGUGCCUUGAUAAUAGGCAAUCCCAAGGUUGAUUGGUUGCCGCCAUUGCCAGGCGCAAGAAAGGAAGCGGAGAUGGUCGGACGACUGGUGGGUGUUCCGCCUCUGGUAGAAGCGGAAGCAACGAAG